AUGGGGCGCGAAGCUCACGCAGAUGCGUGGCUCUCUUUCGGCGUCGACUGCUUCGCAGUUGAGCUUGAUGCGGCCAUGCGCACCUCCGUCUGCUUCUUCAGAUCCCUCCACGCCCUCCGCAUGUUGCGCGUCCGCAGGCUGCAGGGCACACUGAGCGGCGGAUCCGCCUCGCGCCUCCCCGUCGAGUUGUGGGAUCUCCUGAUCUCCUCCUGCAGGAGCACGGCGAGGGAAUCGUUCCGGGACGAGAUGGACGACAUUACCGUUCGCACAAUGUGUGACGCUUGCAAGUCCAAGACUCAGCCGGACAUUCGCCUUCGAUGGGGCGACCACCCGAGCGUCCACAAAAACCCGGACUGCGGAGCCUACUACGAACUCGCUGAGCCAGUCGUAGAGCAGAUCUACAAUGACUGGAGGCCUGUCGAUUUCUUCCUCCACGAAUAUCACCUCGCAGUCAAGUGGCACCGCUGGCCACUGUCCGAAUACAACAUUGACUAUCCUGAGGAAGCAGAAGCUGGAGCCGAAGACCAGGGUUGGUUCUUCAACGUAGCCCAGACCGAGUUCGUGCAUCUGCGGUACCGAUCCUCGCUCGGUAAGGUCCUCCGCGGUGCCGGCACCGCCACAGGCUACGGCCCGAACAGCGAAACGACCAACUUGCCGUCAACAGAGCAAGUCGCCGCGAUCCUCUCGAAGCCCUGCUGGAAUGCGACGUUCAGGAGGUUCUUCGGGGACUGGGAUUUCUCCGACGUCCAGUCGCGCGCGCCGGCGUUCCCUGACGGAACCGGGAAGCCCGCUCUGCGUCUCGAGUGCCAGGUGAACAUGUACGAGUAG